CACGGUCCUAUACGUACAACUUACUGUUUUAGUUCACAUAAUUCGUGGAAUUCAGAGAGUUCAGAAUCAGAAUCUGAUGAAACUGAGAAUCGUAGACCCCCACCUAGCAAAUCCUUGAACAGGCGUGCUGCGCAAAAAGCGAAAGAGAAAGCCAGAGUGCGAAAGAAGCAUAUCUCUGAAUCUUCUGAUAACUCUUCCUUCGACAGUGAUGAUAAUAGAAGGCAAGUUAGUAGACGGACAGGCACGGCAGUUAGUUAUAAAGAGGAAAGUGAAGAAGGUACCGAUAGCGAGGAUUUGGUUGAAGUUGACGAAUCGAACGCUGCGUCAACAGAGCCUGACAAUGCGGAAACCAUUGAACAAAUUUUGGGACAGAGGAUGGGCAAGAAAGGAAUUACGGGUAACGUGACGACAAUCUAUGCUGUCGAAGAAAACGGUGAUCCCAAUCCAGAGGAUCUGAGUAACGUGGAAACUGAAGUACAAUAUUUGAUCAAAUGGAAAGGCUGGUCUCACAUACAUAAUACGUGGGAAUCAGAGGAAUCUUUAAAAGCACAAAAAGUAAAAGGAUUGAAGAAGUUAGACAAUUUUAUUAAACGUGAACGCAGAAUCAGGCAGAUGAGAGAAUAUGCUGAGCCAGAAGAGUUGGAUUAUUUAGAGUGUCAACUGGAACUUAAACAAGAUCUUCUAAAAAGUUACAACAAUGUUGAGAGGAUUAUUGCUGACUACAAGAAACCAGACUCUGAACAUCCCGAUUAUUUUUGUAAAUGGGAAAAUUUGUCGUACGCCGAGGCCACAUGGGAAGAUGGAACUUUAAUAGUGAAAAAAUGGCCAGAGAAGAUAAAAGAAUUUCGCGACAGAGAAGAUUCCAAAAGAACACCGAGCAAACAUUGCAAAGUCCUCAAAUCUAGACCCAAGUUUUAUCCGUUGAAUGAACAACCUGCUUACAUGGGCAAAGAAAAAGAUUUAGUAUUGAGAGAUUAUCAAAUGGAUGGACUUAAUUGGAUGAUACAUUCUUGGUGCAAGGAAAAUAGUGUUAUAUUAGCCGAUGAAAUGGGUCUCGGCAAAACAAUCCAAACAAUAUGCUUCCUUUAUUACUUAUUUCACACGCAACAACUUCAUGGGCCAUUUUUACUAGUAGUUCCUCUGUCGACAAUGACUUCCUGGCAAAGAGAGAUGUUUCUGUGGGCACCUGACCUAAAUUUCGUUACUUACUUGGGCGAUGUCAAUUCUCGUAAUAUUAUUAGGGAAUACGAAUGGUGCUACCGAGGUUCGAAGAGACUAAAGUUCAACGUCAUACUUACGACGUAUGAGAUAGUACUUAAGGACAAAGCAUUAUUGGGUGCCUUAAAUUGGGCGGUAUUGCUAGUGGACGAAGCUCAUCGAUUGAAGAAUGACGAUUCCCUAUUAUACAAAGCACUUACCGAAUUUCACACCAAUCAUCGUUUAUUGAUUACUGGUACUCCGUUACAGAACAGCUUGAAAGAGCUGUGGGCCUUAUUACAUUUCAUUAUGCCUACAAAGUUUACCUCUUGGGAAGAAUUCGAGAAGCAACAUGACAACGCCGCAACGAAAGGAUAUUCCAAGCUGCACAAGCAAUUGGAACCAUUUAUUCUACGUCGAGUUAAGAAAGAUGUCGAAAAAUCUUUACCUGCUAAAGUCGAGCAGAUCUUACGAGUAGAAAUGACGUCCUUGCAAAAACAAUAUUACAAGUGGAUAUUAACUAAAAAUUAUGAAGCGUUGCGAAAAGGCGUGAAAGGUUCUACUACGACAUUCUUGAACAUCGUCAUCGAAUUGAAAAAGUGCUGCAAUCACGCCUUUCUCACGAAACCGAUCGAAGGCGAAAGGGAAAAGACUAACGAAGAUUACUUGCAACAAUUAAUUCGUGGUUCUGGUAAAUUAGUGCUCUUGGAUAAAUUACUAGUGAGAUUGCGCGACACAGGACACAGAGUACUAAUAUUCAGUCAAAUGGUUAAGAUGUUAGAUAUUCUCGGUGAAUAUCUGCAAAGGAGACAUUUUCCGUUUCAAAGAUUAGACGGAAGUAUAAAGGGGGAACUACGAAAGCAGGCAUUGGACCAUUUCAAUGCUGAGGGAUCCCAGGAUUUUUGUUUUUUAUUGUCGACGCGAGCCGGUGGUCUCGGUAUUAAUCUCGCCACCGCGGACACUGUGAUAAUUUUUGAUUCUGACUGGAAUCCGCAAAAUGAUUUGCAAGCCCAAGCCAGAGCGCACCGAAUAGGACAAAAGAAUAAGGUAAACAUUUAUCGAUUGGUUACUAAAAAGUCGGUCGAAGAAGAAAUUGUUGAGCGUGCGAAACAGAAAAUGGUCUUGGACCAUUUAGUGAUACAGCGAAUGGAUACAACCGGGAGGACAGUAUUAGAUAAAAAGAACGCGGGGACCAACAGUAAUCCGUUUAACAAAGAAGAUUUGACUGCUAUUUUAAAAUUUGGCGCCGAGGAUCUGUUUAAAGACGAGGAAGACGGAGAUGAGGAACCAGCUUGUGAUGUCGAUGAGAUCUUAAGAAGAGCUGAAACGAGAGACGAAGGACCGACAACAGUUGGCGAUGAAUUAUUGUCUGCCUUUAAAGUCGCCAGUUUUAAAACAGCAUUUGAAGAGGAUUUGGAACCGAUUAAUCAACCAAAUGAUAACGAUGAUGAAAGUAAAGAUUGGGCGGAAAUCAUUCCGGAGAAUUUCCGAAGAAAAGUGGAAGAGGAAGAAAAAUCAAAGGAAAUGGAGGAUCUUUACUUACCACCAAGAAGUCGGAAAACUCUUCAGCAACUCAAUCAAAGCGAAGGAAGAGGCAGAAAGCGAAAAAAAGUACAAGAUGAUAGCGAGGAUGGCGAGGAAUCUGGUAGCGAGGCAGAAGGAAGUGACGAUGACAGACCCAAGAAGAGAGGUAGACCAAGAGUUUUGCCACGCGAGAAUAUCAAGAGCUUUACUGAUGUUGAGAUACGACGAUUCAUCAAGAGUUAUAAAAAGUUCCCGGCGCCUUUGAAACGAUUAGAUGAUAUUGCGACUGAUGCUGACUUACAAGAGAAACCGAUGUCGGAAUUGCGCUUCUUGGGCGAGCAAUUGAUGUCUAGAUGCGACGCUUGUUUAGCAGAAUUUGAGAAUACCGCAAAAGAGAAUAAGGGUAGCGAGGAAGAUAGCAAGGGGAAAGGUCGUAAGAGAAGACGGGGACCUACUUUUAAGAUGGGUGGUGUAAUGGUGAACGCAAAGUCUUUCUCAGCCGCGGUUAAAGAACUCGAGCCUCUGGAACAAGCUUUACCAUCCGAUCCUGAGCAACGUGCUAAUUGGCAUCUCGACAUUAAAUUAAAACCAGCCAAUUUCGAAUGUGAAUGGACUAUCGAGGAUGAUACUAGACUAUUAAAGGGUAUAUAUCAACACGGCAUGGGUUCAUGGGAAGCGAUAAAAACAGAUGCCAGUUUGAAACUUGGAGAUAAGAUCUUUCCUAAAGACAAUAAAGUACAACUCAAACGCGUGAAUGCACGUGCGGAAUAUCUGUUGAAGAUUUUGAAGAAGCAAAUUGAUCUUAAAUUAGGAGUGACGCGAAUGAGAAAGCCGAGGAAAACCAAGGAAACGAAAACGGCAAUCACCAAAGAGAUUGUAGAAGAUAACGAUAGCUCUGGUGACGAAAAUAAGAAAUCAAAAUCCAGAAUUGAUAAAUCUGCGGUUAAAAAAGAAGAAGAGAACGUUGCAAAGAAAGAUAUUAAGGAAGAAGUCGAUGAUUUGUCUGACGAAAAGAAAAAAGAGAAAAAGGCCAAAAAGGAGAAAAAAGAUAACAAGAAAGCGAAAAAGAAUAAGCAAGCCGCAGGUCCCAUGCAUUUUACUGCGAAUAACGAACCAAGAGCUGUCGAUGUAAUCGGCGAAUUGGACCCACCAAUAUUCGAUGAGUGCAAAGAGAAGAUGAGGCCAGUAAAGAAGGCAUUGAAGGCUUUAGACACACCAGAUAUGUCUCUGAGUCAGGAAGAGCGAGUCGCUCGCGCGCGUCGAUGUCUUUUCCAAAUCGGGAAUCAUAUCACCACGUGUCUGGCAGAAUAUAAAUCUCCUGAACAAGCCAACGAAUGGAAAGGCAAUCUCUGGUACUUUGCUUCCAAGUUCACAAACUUUAAAGCGAAAAAGCUUUACAAGAUGUAUAAGAACCUGGUGAAACAAGGUGGCGACAGCAACGGCGGUUCCACAUCCAGCCCUGAUAAAAAAGAGGAUGCUUCUAGUACUGCAAAG